CAGCAGCCAAGACUUCAUCAGAUCGUUCCCGUCGCAUUCGAUUCAGCCACAUCCACCACGUCUGUUCUACGCUGUAAAUAACAUAGAAAAACAAAACGGAUUCUACAAGUGGUUUUUCUACUCGUCACCAUCAACAACUCUCGUAGAGGAGGAGAUUAUAUUUCAAUCUUCUAUCUCUCGUACCACGUGCGAGAUUUGGAGUCAGUCUCCCAGCCAUGUUCAUUACGUCAAUGGCUUGAUAAGCUUUGGAUAUGGUGAGAAACAAAUCAUAACUAGCCCUAGCACCGGUAAGACCAUAUACUUACCCAAAGUGAGAUCAAGAAAACAAAUCAUUCGAAGUUAUUUCGGAUUUGAUCCAGUUGAAUCCCAAUAUAAAGUGCUAGCAGUGUGCAUGUCUGAUAAGGUGGGUGACUACUCCAAAGUUCCUUCUUCUGAGCAUAAAGUGUUUACAUUAAUGGGAAGAGAAGGAAGAGUUGCACAAACAUGGAGGAUGGUUACGUGUAAGACUAGUCCUCAUUGUCCUAAAACUAACGGUGUAUGCAUCAAUGGGGUUUUGUAUUAUGUCGCUUCCACGGGAAAGAAAAAGAUGUCUGAAUGGUUCUUAAUGAGGUUUGAUGUGAGGACCGAGAAGUUGGAUCUCCUUUCUCGACUAUCCUGGAGGUUAUACGAUUUGGAUCGUCUAUCUUUGAUAAACUACCAAGGAAAAGUGACCUUUGUCGUUCAAACUUGUCCCUCUAGUACUAUAUUUGAUUUGUGGGUUAUGGAAGAUACUGUAGAAUGGUCGAGGAUUUGUGUCCACAUUCCUUGGAAGAGUUGUUGGAAAUCUACAAUAGACAUCAUAGGCACUAUUCAUACGGGUCAGAUUGUUUUCUUUUACAACCAUAGCGACGACAUGUACGCUCGGUGUUUUGUUCUCUAUUACGAUCACAAGACGAAUAGACUCAUACAUAGACGGUUGUCUUAUGGUAUAGAAGUAGGGUUUCAACCGGUUUCUGCAAUGUUGCUUUCUUGUGAUUACGUAGAGAAUGUUAUGUCGUUUUUUUCUUUUUAAACUUUUUCUUGAAUAAGUUUAUAUUGCAUGGGACUAUUGUGCUCAUUAUAUAUGUUUGA